AUGGGGGGCCCCGGGGCUCGCGCUGGCCGCCCGUUGGGGCCACUCCUGCAGCCCCCGCCGCCUCCCCUGUUGCUACCGCUGCUGCUGCUGCUGCUGCUGCCGCUGCCGCCUCCGCUGCGAGCUGCCCAGGAGCUGAGCCCGCGGGGACGCAAUGUGUGCCGGGCGCCCGGUUCCCAAGUCCUCAUGUGCUGUGCAGGGUGGAGACAGCAAGGCGAGGAAUGCACCAUUGCCCUGUGUGAGGGGAACUCCACGUGCUCGGAGAACGAGGUGUGUGUGCGCCCUGGAGAGUGCAGAUGCCGCCACGGCUACUUUGGAGCCACCUGUGACACCAAGUGCCCGCCCCAGUUUUGGGGCCCUGAUUGCAAGGAGCUGUGUGUGUGCCACCCGUACGGGCAGUGCGAGGACGUGACAGGCCAGUGUACGUGCCACGCGCACCGCUGGGGCGCGCGCUGCGAGCACGCGUGCCUGUGCCAGCACGGCGCAUGCCACCCGCAGAGCGGCGCGUGCCGCUGCGAGCCCGGCUGGUGGGGCGCCCAGUGCGCCAACGCCUGUUACUGCAGCCAGACGUCCCAGUGCGAGCCGCAGACGGGCGCGUGCCUCUGCCACGCGGGCUGGUGGGGCCGCAGCUGCAACAACCAGUGUUCGUGCAACGGCUCCCCCUGCGAGCAGUUCAGCGGCCGCUGCCAGUGCCGGGAGCGCACGUUCGGGGCGCGCUGCGAGCGCUACUGCCAGUGCUUUCGGGGCCGCUGCAACCCCCUGGACGGCGCGUGCGCCUGCGAGCCGGGCUACCGGGGCAAGUACUGCCGCGAGACCUGUCCUGCCGGUUUCUAUGGCCCGGGCUGCCGCCGCAGGUGCGGCCAGUGCAAGGGCCAGCAGCCGUGCACGGUGGCGGAGGGCCGCUGCCUCACCUGCGAAGCGGGCUGGAACGGGACCAAGUGCGACCAGCCCUGCGGGCCCGGCUUCUAUGGGGAGGGCUGUGAGCAGCGCUGCCCGCCCUGCCGAGAUGGCCACACCUGCAACCACAUCACCGGCAAAUGCACGCGCUGCAAUGCUGGCUGGAUCGGGGACCGGUGCGAGACCAAGUGCAGCAAUGGGACGUACGGCGAGGACUGCGCCUUCGUGUGCAAUGACUGCAGCAGCGGCCGCUGCGACUUCCAGUCCGGGCGAUGCCUGUGCAGUGCGGGCGCCCAUGGCCCCCACUGUAACCUGACAUGCCUCCCAGGCCACCAUGGAGUGGACUGUGCCCAGACAUGCAGCUGCCAUGAGGACACAUGUGACCCUGUGACGGGAGCCUGCCACAUGGAGACCAACCAGCGCCAGGGCGUGAUGGGGGCAGGGGCCCUCCUCAUCCUCCUGUUGGGCCUGCUCCUCUCGCUUCUGGGCUGCUGCUGUGUCUGCCGGAGCAAGGACCCUGGCCGCCAGGAUUGCCAGCCGAGGAGGAAAAAGAGUCCCCAGCGUCUCUGUGGCCGCUUUAGCCGCAUCAGCAUGAAGCUGCCCCGGAUCCCCCUGCGGAGACAGAAGCUGCCUAAGGUUGUGGUGGCUCAUCAUGAUCCAGAGAACACCCUGAAUUGCAGCUUUCUGGAGCCGCCCUCUGUCCUGGAUCCACCCUCCCCGUCCUGGUCUUCCAGGGCUUCCUUCUCCUCCUUUGACACUACGGAUGAGGGUCCUGUGUAUUGUGUGCCCCAUGAAGAAUCGGUGCCUGAGAGUCCGGAGGGAGAGCCCCCUGGUGCCCCCACUGAGGUGCCUGUGGUUCCUGGACCCAAGGAGGGGGAAGAUGCCAACACGUGCCCCUCCAGGGCUGCUGACAGCCGGGAGACAGUGCUGCUGGGAUCCUCUGACAGCGAGAGGUCAGCUUCGAGCCCAGAGCUCCCAGCAGCAGCACUCUACGCCCGUGUGGCCCGACUCACCAAACAGCCUGGGGCCGAGGCUGAGGGCCUGUCCCCCUCCCCUGAGAGAAGAAAACCCCCACCCCCAGACCCCUCCACCAAGCCAAAGGUGUCCUGGAUCCACGGGAGGUACAAUUCCCACCAGUCUAAUUCCUUGCCUGCCUCCAGCAAAGCCCCUGAUGCCAGCCACUGCCUGAGCAAAAGGAAACGGACCCCCAGCGAGACAUCCUCUGGCCUCCGCGGGCGGGGCGAGGAGCCGGGCAGCCCCAGGGGCCUGGACAAGGGGCAGAAGCCCCCCAGUGUCCCUGAGGGCCGGCUGGGGGGUGGGGAGGAGUUGUCAGCUCAGGGGCUCCCUCGGGCCCGGGAAAGGGGCCUGGGGAGCUCAGAGCCCAUGGAUGCCAGCUUGCAGAAGCUGGGGGCUGGAGGCCCAGGUGACAGGCCCCGGGCUGAGGGGCUGUCCUCCCGUCUGUCUCCCGAGGCAGCCAUGCUCCUGGCCAUGCAGCUCAAGGAAAAGACUGGGAGCCUUGGCCGAGGGGAGGUGGGCACCCAGCAGAACGGGCUGGGGGCCCCCCAGCCCCACCGGGAGAAGCCUGCCCCUCCCCAAAAGGCGAAGCGCUCCAGCUUGCCUGGCUCCCGGAAGGCUGGUCCCUCCGCCUCCCCAGCCCACCACAAACCCCAGGGGUCUGGCCUGGAGACCCUGGCUGCCUCUGGGGACCUCCUUGGCCCUGGGGCCGGGAAGCUGGACACUGGCAGGUCAGGAAGCCAAGAGCCAUCUGACUUGGCCGAGGUGCCCAGGAAAAAGACCCCCAUACAGAAACCACCCCGGAAAAAGAGCCGGGAGGCUGGUAGUGGGGAGCAGGUCAAGGCUGUCACCUCCCCGCCAUAGGCACCCCUGGGGGGAGGGAGGCGGGGUACCCCUGGGGGGAGGGAGGUGGGGCCCUACCCACACCCUUCCGUCCCCCUCUUCCCCGCCCUCAGGCCCUUUGUUGGGGCUAUAAGGAACAGCAUCCCUGUUUGUCUUCUCCGGAAGUUCGUUGUUACUCUGAUGUACUCUGUAAUUUGUACCUGGGUUUGGGCUUGGGCCCAGCCUGACUUCUCAUUGACCAAAGCCGGGAGAGCCCCGGCCAGGGACUGCCCUCUUGUUAAGGGAGCCCUGGCCAGUCUGGCUCCUUGUUGGCCAAAACCAGGAGAACCCUGAUGCGUCUGGUUGCUCGUUGGCCAAAGCCAGGAGAGCCCUGGCCAGUCUGGCUCCUCAUUGGCCAAAGCCAGGACAGCCCUGACCAGGGACUGCCUUCUUGUUAAGGGAGCUCUGGCCAGUCUGGCUCCUCAUUGGCCAAAGCCAGGAAAGUGCCCAAGCAGGAGAACCUCUUUUUAGGCUAAGGUCAGGAGCAUUCCAGUCAGCCUAGCUGACUGUACCUCGUGGAGGAGAGCUGGCGUUCCCUAGCUCCUGCUUCUGCCUUCUGCCUGCCUUAGCCCAGCCUGGCUGUCCCUCUCUGCUGUGGCUGGGAGAGCUUUGUGCCCUGUUCACUCCCCUCCCCUCCCCACCUCUGUCUGCCCCCUGCUCAUUGCCAGCCCUGCCCCCAGCCCUGCCUUCCUCUGCAGUCAAGCUGGUAUUGACUGCUUCACAGUGGACAUGGGAGGAGAUGCCUGUGACCACGUCCAGAGGACAGGUGUAUUUAUGAGCUAGCUCCGGGAGGAGCCAGGCACCUCUGGCGGAGAUACCCCGCGGGAUGGGUUUCCGACAGGUGUGUGUUUGUGUAUGUGGG